UGACACAGAGCCUACUUUGAAAAAGGUUGAUUUAUGAGGCUUAACCUUAUUAUUUAUGCAAUGUGCACUUUGGAGAUAAUUGUCUUUUUUCUUUGUUCUUCUGUGCAGAUUGACAGCGACAUCAUCGUGCUCAUGGAUGAUGCAACGCUGGCAAAUUACAUCCCCUCCUAUGGAGACCGAAUCGCUCUCUUCAAUUACUGUUAAAGCCUCCCCUCAAUAGGAUUUGAUCAGUUUUGCUGCUCACAACAAUGCCUGCUAUGUCAGAUUUGGAUGAAUAUAUCAAACUCUACUUCAGAAUUUCUUUCAGUAACAAAGAAAUACUUGAAAUUUUAGCACACAACAGUCAAAUAGUAAUAAGUGUCCGGACUUUAAAGAGAAUUUGUAGGAUACUUGGUCUGUUCAGAAGGAAGAUCCAGUCUGACUUGGAUGAAGUGCUGGCUUUUGUUCAACGUGAGAUCAUGACCAAUGGACAGAUGCAGGGUUACCGUUGGCAACAUCUUCGUGCAGUUCAACGGGGAUUUGUUGUAUCACAAGAUACCAUCAGACGCAUCAUCAAAUUGGUUGAUCCACAAGGUGUGGAAUUAAGACGAGCCAGACGCUUGAUAAGACGUCAAUACAGCUGCAGAGGGCCAAAUGCGCUUUGGCAUAUGGAUGGCUAUGAUAAGUUAAAGCUCUAUGGCAUUGCCAUCAAUGGCUGUAUAGAUGGCUUUAGUCGCUAUGUGUUAUGGAUGAAGGCCUAUACUACAAACAGCUAUCCUAAAGUAGUUGCAAGUUACUUCAUCAAAACAGUUUCAAGCAUAGGGGGAUGUCCAGAGAGGAUUCGUGCAGACAGGGGAACAGAAAAUGGUUGUGUUGAAGAAAUACAGAUAUUUGUGCAGCGCAACCACCCAGACAGUUUUGCAGGGGAGAGAAGUUUCCUUUAUGGAAGAAGCACAUCAAACCAGCGCAUUGAGGGAUGGUGGGGUACCCUCCGCAAACAAAGUGCACAGUUCUGGAUAAACUUAUUUCAAACUUUUCAGGAUGAUGGCCAUUUCACAGGAGACUUUUUGGACAAAAGUCUCAUCCAAUUCUGUUUCCUUAAUCUUGUUCAGGAUGAACUUGAUGAAGUUGUCAACACAUGGAAUUCACACAAAAUCAGACCACGAUCAAGUUUUGAUGCGGCGUCGGGUCGGCAAUUUGUGAUGUACUCAUUCCCAGAGUUGCACAGUGCUGAGGAUAGACUGAAACCAAUUGCCAUGGAGGAAAUCACUUUGUGUAUGGAAGAGUGUACUCCUAAAGGCCUGUGUUGUCUCCUAAUGGAGGAGAAAGGAUGGGAUGCUCCAGCAGAUCAACUUGAUGCAGCUGAUCUGUACAUCAUGUUAAGAGAUGAAAUAUAG